CCUCAAAUCAACCUUUUGGUGCUGUGUCAUGACUUCCACAAGGACAAAUCCUGCGAAUCCCUGCAUUCAGUUGAGACUCCAAGAUAUAUUCUUUUCUGUCAUAGCGAAUACCUUUAUCGUUGCCUCUAGCAGAAAACUAACACAAAUUUUCCACCGAUGAAGCCUACCUACAAGUAAACUCCUAUGUCCAGUUUGCGGUAACACCCACGAGUUGAGCCGUGCCUUCCCAGUGGACAUGUUCAAGUGAAAACCCACCUUUAGGCAGCCAUGAAUGUAUUGUCUGAGCCAGUCCUUCAAUCAAAAAUUUAUCACACUAUCCAUCCAAACCUCCAACUUUCAAACAACCUCCGAUUGAGGUCUUGUAGCCCUAGUCAGCUCCCAAGAAAUCAUUCAUUUCUGAUAAAGGCCAGCUCGGUGAACCCAUUUGCCUCGGGGUACUCUUCUGAUCAUUGCUUGAUGACAGAUUUGGGUGUUGGACCCAUAGACAAGCACAUCAGUAUCAACUGUCCGAAUAUGGAGCAAGUUCCUUUGGCUCAAAUUGUCUGCCGUGUCGUUGAUACGGAACUGGCAGGUCUUCAGCCAGCAGGUGGUGGGUUUCUCAUUCCAGGGCCUCACGACGACGGCUUGAACCAAGCACUUCUGCCAUCAUGUUCAUAUGACCUACGGGCGAGAUGCUCUUUAACUGUGGGGCGAGACACUGAUCCACAAGUCAACAGCAUCUGUGUGGACAACGUAUACGUGUCUCGCACGCACUUUGAGAUCUAUUCGGUGGUCUAUGAGGAGUACGACCUCUCAAAGCAACAGCCCAUGAUCUACAUCCGUGAUCGACAGUCCCUCUCAGGAACUUCCGUCAACGGCUGUAUCAUUGGUUGCAAAGCCAGCGGCCCAAGUCCAGGCCACCUUCUCAGUCAUGGAGACGUGGUCCGUAUCAAUCCAUACUGGGAAUUCGAGAUUCGUCUCCCUCAAUGUCCUAGAUGGAGUUGUCCUCUUAGGGGUAUUCAAUCACACGAGGCCAGGACGUUCUGCGACCGGUACCUUAUCACCGAUCGAGUAUUGGGCAUUGGCAAUCACUGUACCAUCCAUCUAGCCAUUGAUGUCAAAAGUGGGAGGCAACUCGCCUGCAAAAUAUCGGAUCUUGAUCGCGCUCGGAAGAGCACUGCUGCGAUCGAUAUUAUUCGAGCAAUUGGGUGGGAGGCAGACAUCCUUGGCAAAGUCCGACACCCAAACCUCCUUACCCUCGAGUAUGCCUUUCGUUCCAAACACACACUCUACAUAUUUACCGAAUUAGCAACGGGUGGAGAUUUGUUUUCUAUGUACCAGACUCAUGACGGGUUCUUCUCUGAAAACCAAACAAAAUUCGUCAUGUAUCAAGUUGUACGUGCCGUGGCAUACUUACACAAGCAAGGACUUUCUCAUCGGGACCUAAAACCCGAAAACAUAUUUUUUGCUUCCGGACCGGACGUCAGAAAUCGCGUCAUUGUUGGAGACUUGGGCGGGGCCAUGGGCACAACUUGGGGGCGGAUGAAGAGUAACGUGGGGACCGAGAUGUACCUGGCUCCCGAAAUGCAUUUCGGGCACCUCUCGUACACAGAAACCGUCGAUAUUUGGUCUAUUGGAAUGAUCACACUAGUUCUCAUGACGGCCAAUCAGAGACAUCAACUUUCGCACUUGAAGGCCAUGAAUCAAGAGUCUAUAGACGAAACGCUCAAGGCUAUCUUGAAACCACUUUAUCCUACAGCCAGCACUUUAAGUGAAGACGGGCAAGAUUUUAUUCGUCGCUGUCUCAAGGUGAAUGCAGGUCAGCGAAUGACUGCUUCCCAGGCAAAGGAACACAGCUGGUUUCACCUACCCAAACUGACGAAGGAUGAGUGGAACAAAGUUCGGAAUGAGUCCUGGAAGCCUUCACAUCGUACAGCACCUCCCGUUGAGGAUCUGCCGAAUUUAGAAAUCAUGGUGGCAUACCCACAUCUCGAGCUCGUCAACAAGAAGUCAGCUUUCUCUCUGACUGCUUUCACCACAUCCAGCAGGAAUCGUAAGCUCGAUGAAAACAGGGAAAAGUCCGGCGAUGGAGCGUCGCCAUAUUUCUCGCCUCGAGCGACAUCGAAGACGACCAAAAUAUUGAAGAAGGGUGCAGGAAGUAAACGCAACAAGUCUGCACAGCCUCUUCGCCAAUGAAGCGGGGAUUAUGUCUUGGCCUGGAGAGGCAUUGCCAACACAUAACUCGGCGUAGUGUUUGCGGUAGUCCACGAUGGCUAGAUGCUAAAAUACGGUUCGUUCAUAUCAUCAGUUUACAGCAUGCUUAUAGAGUCUCCUCAAUGCUUUAUUCUCUUUAACGAAAUAGUAAACCUAGUCAAGUUGACGAAUUCUUUUUAAUCACUCUUGUAGUCUUUGUUCUUGUCUGUGCUUCAUGUACAAAGGC